GGCGGUGCCUGGGCGAGGUCUUGCUGCUUCUGGAAUCACGUCCAAAGCCUACAACCACCAAAAUGAUAUCCCGAUGCUAGUCCAGCUUUGUUUUUGCCCACGUUUCCAUGCAACACUGUCGAGCGUGUCUGUUUGCGAGGGCGUUGUUGGCGCCCUUGUACCUCGCAGGGCCACACUUUCCGCGUGCAGCCAGCCCACCAAUCAGACCAGCCCCAGCUCCGCGCGUCCCAAAUGCUACGUAUGCGUUCCCCGCCAGCAUCAACUGAAAGCUGCGAGGCCUCAUUCCUUACCUCUGAAUAGCAGGUGGUACAGAACAUGGCACGCAACUCUCGACAUGGCAGCCUCUGGACCGGCCUGGCGUGUCUGCUGGCUCUGCAAUUGCAGUUGCCGUCCGCCAAUGCGCAGGUCGCAGAGAUCGAAAAGGCGAGCAAUGACAGCCUGCUCUGGGGCCCGUACAGGCCGAAUCUGUACUUUGGCGUCAGGCCGCGCAUACCCAAGAGCCUGAUGGGCGGGCUGCUGUGGACAAGGGUCGAGGACUACCAGAGCGUGCAGAACACUUUCCGACACACGUGCGAGCAGCACGAGCUCGACGGCUACGGCUGGGACGAAUACGAUGUCCGCAGCGGCGGCCGCCAGACUAUCCACGACCCGGCCAACCGCAUCGACAUCACCACCGAGUUCAUCAAGUUCCCCGGCGGCGAGCACGGCGGCAGCUGGGGCGCCAGGAUCAAGGGCACACCGCGCGAAGAUGCCUCGCCCGACUUAACCACGACCCUCAUCUGGUACAACACGCUCGAGGGCCUUGGCAGCUUGGAGGUGCAGGAUCCCAACAGACACGAGACGGGCAUCCCCGGCGAUGUCGUCUUCAAGGGCCAGACUGCUGAGCUGGGCGACUUUGAGCUGAGGGUGACUGAGGGCAAGGGCGACCACCCGCACUUCGACCACCCCAGCUACGACGAGAAGCCGCUCGACAGGACGCUGGUGCACAGCGGACAGGUGCCUGAUGAGGCGCUAUGGCAGAUCAAGGCCGUCCUCUUCGCCCACAUGAAGAGCCAGAUUGACGAGCUGGUGCCCAAGUACGGGCAGGAGAACCCUCCUCCGCCUGCGCAGAUCUACACAAUCCAGCAUCAGCCCGGAGCUGGCAACAUGCACAUGGUCCAGAAGGUCUUCGACGGUGCUUUCACGUUCGACAUCAUCUUCUCGUCUGGCUCUGCGCCUGCCAAGAUUACCACCGACGACAUCACUGAGCAGAUCAAGUCUGUCACGUCAGGCUUCGCGACACGCUUCACCGACGUCUUCGAGCCGCAAGCACCCUUCCUGAAGGAGCGCUACAGCGAGUUCUCCAAGUCGUUGUUCUCGAACUUGAUCGGUGGUAUUGGCUACUUCUACGGCGACUCUCGCGUCGACCGCUCACACGACGAGGCCUACGAGGAGGACAACGAAGGUUUCUGGGAGGAGGCUGCUGAGGCGCGUAGCAGGAACCAGGCCGAGACCGUAGGACCCAGCGAGCUCUUCACCAGUAUUCCCUCUCGACCCUUCUUCCCUCGCGGCUUCCUUUGGGACGAGGGCUUCCAUCUGCUUCCCGUCCUUGACUGGGAUGUCGACACCACUCUCGACAUCAUCAAGAGCUGGUUCAAGCUCAUGGACGAGGAUGGCUGGAUCGGCCGCGAACAAAUCCUCGGACCUGAGGCUCGCAGCAAGGUUCCUCCCGAAUUCCAGGUGCAGUACCCACAUUACGCCAACCCACCGACCCUGUUCAUGGUCAUCAACUCCUUCCUCGACAAGCUCGACGCGCAAAGGACCGACUCGGACAACAAGAAGCUGCUUCACGAAAGGUCGUACUACAUGCACCUCGCUAACCGCGAGGCCGCAUUGCAGUACCUCCGCGAGCUCUACCCGCUGCUCAAGCGCCACUACUUCUGGUUCCGCAAGACACAGGCAGGCGAUAUCAAGAGUUACGACCGUGAGGCUUUCUCCACUAAGGAGGGAUAUCGCUGGAGGGGACGCACACCUCAGCACAUCCUCACCUCUGGCCUUGACGACUACCCUCGCGCCCAGCCACCGCACCCGGGUGAGCUGCACGUCGAUCUCAUCAGCUGGAUGGGCAUGAUGACGCGUGCUAUCAAGCGCAUCGCUGUCUACCUUGAUGAAGAGGAUGAUGCCGCUGAGUUCGCCAAGUACGACGAGGCCAUCGUCCGCAACAUCGAUGACCUGCACUGGUCUAGCAAGGAAAAGGCCUACUGCGACGCUACCAUUGACGACUACGAGGAGAACGCUCACGUUUGCCACAAGGGCUACAUCUCGCUCUUCCCCUUCUUGACCGGCCUCGUCGACAAGGACAGCAAGCACCUGGGCGCCGUUCUCGAUCUCAUUGGCGAUGAAGACCACCUGUGGUCCGAGUAUGGUCUCAGGAGUUUGAGCAAGAGUGAUGAGCUGUACCACACUGGCGAGGACUACUGGCGCGGCCCCAUCUGGAUGAACAUGAACUACUUGGCUGUGCAGCAGCUCCUGAACGUCGCGCAAGCCAAGGGCCCACACCAGAAGCGCGCCGAGCAGCUGUACACUGAUCUCCGCAAGAACCUCGUCAACACUGUCUAUGAGAGCUGGAAGGAGACUGGCUUCGCGUGGGAACAGUACAACCCUGAGACGGGUAAGGGGCAGAGGACGCAGCACUUUACUGGCUGGACUAGUUUGGUUGUCAAGGUUAUGGCUAUGCCGGAUCUUGGUGGAGAGCCGGUUAGGGAUGAGUUGUAAAUACAUGAAGAGAUAGGGAAGAGCGAAGAAACAGGUGGGGUGACGUGGGGAUUAUGUAUGAUAUGCAAAAGUCAAGAACGUAGAGCGACACGCUAAGCCAGGAG